UUUUAGUUACCCGUAAUCGAGCCAUCAUAGUCCUUUCAAAGAGAAGAAGACAUUACUUUGACUUUAUCCUGAAAUAGAUUGGAGUCAGCACAACACAGAAGGAAUAUAUGUUUUGCCUGGAUACUUUUUAUAGAAUCUUGCAUUAUAAUCCUGACAAUCAAUAUUUUGUCUGUGUGGGCUUUUUUUCUCUCUUCAGUCAUGUUGGUGGAAACAAAUUGAACUGGGAAAAAAUAGGAACUCAGUCAGAAAAUCAAGUAUGUGGGGAUCCAGGAGACCAAACAAAGGUGGAAGGUUCCUCUACUGUUUCUUCAGGGAAUCAGGCAGCUGAAGUUAAAGGGAACCAAACCAGUAGUUCACAAAUCCCAUGUCUGUUGUCAAUGCCCACGAGGAACCAUAUGGAUAUUACCACUCCUCCAUUACCUCCUGUAGCACCCGAAGUAUUAAGAGUAGCAGAACACAGACACAAAAAAGGGUUAAUGUAUCCCUACAUAUUUCAUGUCCUAACCAAGGGUGAGAUUAAAAUUGCAGUUUCUAUUGAAGAUGAAGCAAACAAAGACCUCCCUCCUGCUGCUCUUCUUUAUAGGCCAGUUCGUCAGUAUGUUUAUGGAGUCCUGUUUAGUUUGGCAGAAAACAGAAAAAAGACAGAGAGGCUGGCUUUUAGAAAGAACAGAUUUCCUCCUGAAUUCUUACCGGUGAUAAUUAAGGAAUGGGCUGCUUACAAAGGAAAGUCUCCCCAGACUCCCGAGUUAGUAGAAGCUCUUGCAUUUAGGGAAUGGACUUGCCCCAAUUUGAAGAAGCUUUGGUUGGGGAAAGCAGUAGAGGACAAGAAUCGACGAAUGAGGGCAUUCCUGGCCUGUAUGAGGUCAGACACACCAGCAAUGCUAAAUCCAACUAAUGUGCCCACUCACCUAAUGGUGCUCUGUUGUGUAUUAAGAUAUAUGGUGCAGUGGCAUGGAGUUCGGAUACUUCGUCGCCAAGAACUUGAUGCCUUCUUGGCUCAAGCUUUAUCUCCAAAACUCUAUGAACCUGACCAACUGCAGGAACUAAAGAUUGAAAACCUAGAUCCUCGAGGAAUUCAGCUCUCAGCAUUGUUCAUGAGUGGUGUUGACAUGGCAUUGUUUGCCAAUGAUGCUUGUGGGCAGCCAAUUCCAUGGGAGCAUUGUUGUCCAUGGAUGUACUUUGAUGGGAAGUUGUUCCAGACCAAGCUCAUCAAAGCAAGCCGGGAGAAAGCUCCCCUCAUUGACCUCUGUGAUGGUCAGGCUGAACAAGCUGCCAAGGUAGAAAAGAUGCGCCAGAGCAUCCUUGAAGGUUUAAAUUUCUCCAGGCAAAACCACCCACUCCCUUUCCCACCACCACCUGCCAUGCCUUUCUAUCCAGCUUCUGUUUAUCCUCGGCACUUUGGGCCAAUUCCACCUCAGGGCAGAGGCCGAGGCUUCACUGGAUUCUAUGGCUUUGGGGGCCCUUAUGGGGAACCGGUUGCAGCAGGCGCAUAUCGGACCUUCCGAGUGACUGCCACAGGAGGACACUCCGGAGCUUUCUCUGGCAGCGAUGGCAACAGGACUAGCAAGUUUCAGGGCGGUGUCCAACCCAUUCCUUCUCAGGGAGGGAAACUUGAAAUAGCUGGCACUGUGGUGGGCCACUGGGCUGGAAGCAGGCGUGGUCGAGGAGGAAGCAGGGGGCCAUUUCCUCUGCAGGUGGUUUCUGUUGGAGGGCCAAGAGGACGUCCAAGAGGAAUUAUUUCCACACCAGUGAUAAGAACAUUUGGCCGAGGAGGAAGAUACUAUGGGAGAGCUUAUAAGAACCAGGGAACUAUUCAGGGCAAACCUCCUUAUGCUGCUUCAGCAGAGGAAGUGGCCAAAGAACUUAAAUCAAAAUCAGAGGAAAGCAAGUCCUCUAUUGUGUCUUCAGAAGGAUCCCUGGCUGAAAAUGGCAUAAUGAAUGAGGAGAAACCAGCUUCCCAUAUGAAUGGGAGUACAGCAGAUGUCAGGGCUUCCAACCAGUCUGAAAGUGCCUUGAGUAAUGACUCUAAAAUGUGCAAUACAAAUCCUCACUUAAAUGCACUAAAUGCAGACAGUGUUUGCCGUAAAGACGAUGCUCUUGAGGCUACUGUCUUAAAAAAAGAAGAGUAAACUUAUUUUUUAUAGAGGGUGAAGGAUGUUGGAAGGGUCAGGAUUAGGAAUAUCUGGAAAGAAAGAGAGCCUACAGUUACGUACAUUUUUUCCUUUCCGUAAGAGAAAAAUGAGGACUUGGAAAUUCGGAUCCCUCUUGGAUGUCAGAGAUUUAAAGAACACAUUUUUAGUUUUAACCAGUUGUAGUCAAAAUGCUACAAUACAAUAAAAAUGGAAGAGAAUGAAGAGCAUUUGACUCCCGCACUAAAAAUGAUAUAUACACAAAGUUUUAACUGGUUAUGACAAAAGCUUGUAGUUUUUGUUUCUUGAAAUAUAUUAAAAAGGAAAAGAAAAACAAAUUUUGGCAGUCUUUCAGUAUAUAUAGCUUAAAAUAUAAUUUUUAGUACUUGGCACCAUAUGUAUGCCAUUAUAUUUGAUUUUGCAUUACUGUGUCACAAAGCUUUCCUUAAGGCUUUGAUUUCAUGAUUAUGGGGGGGGAAAGGCACAACCACAGUUCUUUCUUUUCUUAAAUUUCAUCACCGUUGAUGUGGUUUCUUUUUAUGUUUAAAAUGUGCAAACUAUCAAAAUAAAAAAAAUUAUAGAGUAAUAUUGGAGUUCUGCUGAUUUUAAAUAUACAUCAUAAUACUUUGCAAGCAAGUUAAAAUGGAUUUAACUUGAAAAUCAUAGAAAAUGCAAAUGACCUUUUCAAAAGAAACACAAUGUGUUCUGAUACUUUUUGUGACUAAUACCAUGCAUCCGUGAUCAAUGAACUAUGUGGUUUUUGAAUCAGACGUAGACCAUUAGUACUACUAUUUGAGCUAAACUUCUGCAUGGUUCAUAAUUUUAAAGUGUGUAGUUAAUAUUAUGCAUGUUCUUGUCCUCUUUCUUCCAUUCUUACAAGUACUGUGCCCAUUUGCAAAACAAAAAAGCUAAUAAUCAGUAAUAGUCCUAUAAAAGAUGUUAACUAUGUUUAGUCAUUGACUGAUCUUGCUCUAACCUUAAAAUUUUGUGAUUAUUGACCUCUGUUGCAUUUAUUCUAAAACAAAAAAAAAUUAUCUAGCCGUUUUGAAUAUCAACGUUACCCUGGUGUACUCAUUGCUGUAUGCAUUAUUGUUCUCUGUUGCUGUUUUAUGCCUUCAUAUUAGCAAAUAUGAAAUUCUGUGGAAAAACACAAAAAAAGCUUUGAUCUUCAAGAAAUACCCCCCUUCUGUAGCAGGAAACAAAUGGCUUGUUCUUGAGAACUUUCCCAUCAAGAAUUUAGUAUAAGCAAAUAUACCUGUAUCAUUUUGAUGUUUUUGUUAGUGUUUCCAAACUUAAUGUACUUCAGAAUCAGAAUCAUUUCUUUAUAUUCGUUUUCAUAUAAUUCUCCUGAUGCUCUUCAUCACACAUUAGUGAUCAGAAAUGAGGUGUAAUUCCCCAUUCCCUGCCCGCAAGAGCUAAGUAGGUAUCUUAAUGUAAGUUGAAGGGAGUUCUGCCCCAACUCAUGGAUUGUGCAAGAAUGAACUACUGUUGGGUUUGAUUGGUUGUAGAUGGAUUGUGGUGUGGUGUAUUUGAAGGCUAUUGAAUGCAACUUACAAUGCUUAAUAAAAAUCUUUAUUCUUUUAGUAUAA